AACGGAGUGCUUAGGAUUACGUUCACCACAACCGUGAAGACCACUACAACUCAGAUGAAAACCACGACCGGAAAGACUCAGAAGAAUAAGACUAAUCAGACAAAAAUGUAA